AUGCAAGAAGUACACCUUUUGUUAAAGGACCUUAAACAAGAGGAAAAGAAGGAGAAGGAAACAGAUGAAGAAAGUAGAAGUAAGGAUGACGAGGAAGAAGAGAAUGACGUUAUCGAUGGGGAAUGGACUAGUGAACUCAAAGAGCAGCAUCACAAAGAGGAAAUGAGCGAAGAAGGGAAAGAGGAGGAAAAUUAUGAGGAAGAAUAUGAAGAGAAAGAAGGGAAGGAAGAGCAGAAGAUGGGAGAAGAAGAGGAAUUAGAGGUGAACAAGGAAAACAAUGAUGAAGAAAAAGAUGAGGAGGAUGACAAAGAGGAAACGACUGAAGAAGAGAAAGAAGGGAAGGAUGAGGAAAAGAUGGAAGAAGAAGAGGAUUUAGAGGAGACUGAGGAAAGCAGUAAAGAAGAAAAAGAAGAGGAUGAUGACAAAGAGGAAACAAGUGAAGAAGAGAAAGAAGGGGAGCUCAAAGAUAAAGAGGAGAAACUUAAGGAAGAAGACAAAGAGAAAUUAGAGAAUGGAAAAAGCAGUGAUGAAGAAGAUGAGGAUGAGAGCGAAAAUGAGAAUGAAGAAAGAGGAGAGAAAAAUGAAGCCAAUCAAGGAUAG